CACAAAUAUUUGUCACGUGAAAUGGUACUCUCGACAAGUACCGCCGAGCUGCGCGAAAAUUAAACCGGAGCAAAGUGUUGACGUUAUCGAAACACUGGUGCGAUAUAUCGAAGUGCCACGUGCUUAUAUAACCCUACUCCGGAGCAUUCGGAGCAAUCGGAGCAUUCGUUCUGGCAACCGAGUGCAGUUGCGUGUCGGUCGCACGCUUGUGAUUAUCCGAUCGGAGUCGACGUGUAAGAAACAUUUUCCUCGUUCCCACGAAUGUGGAGUUCCACGUGAAAAAGCGGUCCUAUUGUAAUAUGAUAUGAUAACAAAGACGAGAUAUCUCCAGCGAGUUCCGAGGAAUUAAUAAAUUAUAAUUGAUACAAAGAAAUUCUUUUCUAAUGCAACCGAGUAAUUCCGGUCAAGGGUUUCAUUAUAUUAUCCGUUAUCUGGACACGUGGAUAUACAGUGGGUGGUUAUGCAUACAUAUAAUGCUCUGGCUGUAAUUGACGAACAAUUGUUCGUUAUCAUAAUGAUGCGAUAAUAAUUAUCAAUCCGAUAUUAUAAAACUGACGAGCGAUCGGCUACCAGAAGCGUUCCUCGCGCGUGGAAGAUAAUUUGAGAGUACAAAUAUUCUGAGGCAAAUGGGCAAAAUGCUGAGUCAACGCUUGAGCAACCGGAGAUUACUCGUCGAUCUCCUCGCUCUGAUGUUUGGUCUGGGCGCUUGGAUUGGCGUGAACGGCAUUUAUGUACAAUUGCCUCUCAUCGUGCACGUAGCCCCGGAAGGAUGGAGCCUGCCCGCGCACAUGGUGAUGCUCGUGCAAUUUGCCAAUUUAGGUCCCAUACUGUACACCCUGUACAUAAAGUACACCGCUUGGGCAUACGACAAGUAUAUCAUUUAUACCUUGCUGGUAGCAGGAACGUGUGCCUGUAUCGCAUUGUGUUUCCUGUAUAGUUAUACCUCGAUUGUGUUCGGCAAAGAGCACUCGACUGCACUCCUGUCACUGAUGUUCGUCACCGCCCUCGUCGGAUGUACAAGUUCCGUGCUCUUCAUGCCGUACAUGAGGAACUAUCGUGAGAUUUAUCUAGUAUCGUAUCUCGUGGGAGAAGGACUGAGCGGAUUCGUACCGAGCGCAGUUGCGCUGAUCCAAGGCGUUGGUAAUAAUCAGACUUGCGUAAACGUUACCAAACCAGGCUCGAGCCACCUGGAAUUCGCGCCCGCCGAAUCAGACCCGAGAUUCUCCUCCGAAGUGUUUUUCAUCUUCAUCGGAUUUCUGUUGUGCCUGAGUUUUUUCUCGUUCUUGGGCUUGAACCUCUUGCCUGUAGCACGCGGGGAGAGGGUCAAGCUUCCGAGCAGCAUGGAAAUGUUGCCGACCGACAUGACGGCACCGCCCAGCUACAAAGUUGAUUCCGGCUGGAAAAUGCCGAAAUAUACCUACUACUAUGUAUUAGCCAUGAUGGCUGUGGUCUGUUUCCUCGGUAACGGUACUUUACCGAGCAUACAAUCGUACUCCUGCCUACCGUAUGGCAGUACAGCUUAUCAUUUGACAGUCACGCUAUCUGCCAUAGCUGGCCCGUUAGCCAUGUCUUUAGGUUUCUUCGUAAAAAUACCAGGGUUGAAGCUCCUCAACAUUCUUGCAGCACCUAUUUUAAUACUUUCCGGCUUCGUUCUAUAUCUGGCCGCGAAAUCGCCUCAUCCUCCCUUGCAACACUCAUGGGUGGGCGAGCUGAUGGUAGUUCUCGUAUGGAUAGCGCUUUGCGGUUUAAUUGGAUUCGUAAAAAUGAGCAUCACGACGUUGUAUCGGCUCGAUCCUGGGAGGGGUCUUUACUAUACCGGCGUCGCGACGCAAAUCGGAUCGUUGAUAGGCGCAAUCAUCACGUUUGUUUUGGUCAAUUACGCAAAAGUGUUUCAGACUUACUCUCCAUGCGCGUACCUUACAGAAAAUUAACGCAGUCUGCACUUAGUCUUGUU